AUGAGUGAGCAUGAGAUUUUCUUGGACAGAGUGGAGCAGACUGUGCAGAAAAACAGGCCAUGUCUCUCAGGUCAGGUCCCAAACACAGGAACAGACAUGGAGAAAUGUGACACAUCGGAGCAGAAGGACCAAGGUUCAUUUUGUGAUUUUGGAGACAUAGAAUCAAGUCUAACCUUUCUCAGUGAUGAUGAGGAUCAGCAACAAGAACAGUUAUUCCAUUAUCUAGGGACAGCUGAAGAAAAAGUCAUCUGGCUGACCAUUGCCAACCUAGCUCUGGCUGAUUGGAUUAAAUGUGUGAAGCAGAUUAUACACAAGGAGAUGCUCCUGCAGGGAGCAAAGGUUUCCAAGAAUUUCAACAAGCAAGUGACUCAUGUGGUUUUUAAAGAUGGAUUCUCAUCUACAUGGAAAAGAGCGCAGAAGGCUGGGAUUAAAUUGGUAUCGGUACUUUGGGUAGAAAAAUGUCGAGAAAUUGGAGCACAUGUUGAUGAAUCAUUGUAUCCUGCAAAAAAUAGCAAUGAAGGGUUACCUCCAUUUGUUAAAAAGCACAAAUGCAUGCAGCCCAAAGACUUCAUUGAAAAAACUCCUGAAAAUAAUAAGAAGCUACAGAAAAGGUUGGAAAUUAUGACUAGAGAGUUGGCAGUACAAAAAGCAACAGUAGAAGCGGAUACACCAGUAUUAGUAUUUGAAGAUAAUGGUUCACUAGCAUACAGCCCAGCAAGUAAAAUAAAGUAUCAAUGCAGUGCAAUGGAGAGGAGAAUAAAGGACAUGAAGGAGAAGCGGGAAAAUCUUUCCCCUACAGCUUCACAGAUGUCUCAGGUGUCUUAUUCCAGUUCUGGUCCGGCAUUGCAUGAACAAAUUCCAUUUUCUACCAGUGCAACAUGUGAAUUGUCACCAGGAGACAGCCAUGACCUUCUAAGUUUAGCGAAUUUAUUGGAAAACGUUGACACAGAGAAUGCUGUGAAAGACUCAAAUGAAUUAAUGUCUGAAGGUGACAGUGCUACAGAUAUUUCUAUAGCCUCCUUAUGGAGCUCUCCACUAUCUACAGCUGACUUCAAACAUAGAAGCCUAGAACAACCUAAUGGCGAACAUUUGAGAAAAAAACUGAUUGCGCCCAAUGGCUUGAAAGAUAAGUAUCAUGUUGAAAAGGCAAGAUGUGACAUGUCCUUUGCACAAAAACACGUUGAGAGGAAUGGUUGCUUUACAACUCUGAUUGGAAAUCAUCUUUCACCAGCAAAGAAUUUGGAUUACAGCGUUUCUUCAAUGAUCCAUUUGAAAGUUACUGAAGAGACCGGCAGCAAUCAUUUAAAUUUAGAAGUUAAUCUACCUUCUAUUAAACCUAUUGAUUCUUCUUCAAAAGAACAAAAGAAACCCAGAAGGAGAUCAACUCUUACAAGGAGCACCUCAUCUUUACCUAAGAGAGAUUCUCAUGAUGACUUUUUGCAAGCAAUGCUUCAUCCUGUUGGGACCAUCAAAAACCAAGAUACUUCUUUUGAAGAUUAUUUUUCACCAUCUAACGUUAAUAAAAGUAAAAGAAGAAUUAGCCUUCCUUUUUCAUGCCUGGAUAAAUUGCAGAGUCCUGGUGAAAUGGUUUGCAAAUACAGUUUAUCAAAAAGCAAAACAGAGAAAGUUUUAAAAGGGCCUAGUGAAAUCAGUGCAGGUUGCAACAGAAAGAGAAAAAGAAUGAGUGAGAUUAAUGAGACUCCUGCAAGUAGAGACUGCACGCUGUCACCAAUGCCUCAAAAUAAAGGAAGUCCAACUCUAAAUUAUAUGUCAAAGAAACAAAAAGGAGACACAAUGGAAGCAGACUCCCUUCUGAAUCUCAGUGUUCAGGAAAAGAUGACUUUAGAUAGAUGCUCUCCCAAAACUGGUGGUGACAGCGUUUCUAAUGUCAAAGAUGAUUCUUGUGAUCUUUUGCAUGACCCAGUGAAUGAGCCUAAUAGGAAAGUAAAGAAUACUAAGGAGAUGAAGCCGUUGAGAACAUUAGUCAUGACAAGCAUGUCACCUGAGAAGCAGAAUGUGGUUGUUCAAGUGGUGAAAAAGUUGGGAGGCUUUCUAAUUUCAGAUGAAGUGUGCAAAAGUACAAGUCAUGUUAUUGCAGGGAGCCCGCGCCGCACUUUAAAUGUGCUCAUGGGAAUUGCUCAUGGCUGUUGGAUUAUCUGUUAUGAAUGGGUGCUGUGGUCUCUAGAAUACAGCCACUGGAUUUCUGAAGAACCCUGUGAGCUCUCAGUGGAUUUCCCUGCAGCUCCUAUCUGCCGAUUUCAGCGGUACCUUCCAAACAAGAAAGAUCAUCAGAAGCUUUUUUCAGAUCAGCCCAUGAUGUUCAUAUCACAUACAAGUCAACCUCCCUGCAAGAAACUCUGUGAGUUAGUAGAACUUUGUGGAGGAAAAGUGUGUAAAACAAUCCGUCAAGCUAAAAUCUGUAUUGGCAAAUGUAGGGUUGGCAAGUACACAGAUGUGCAGUGUUUAUCAGAAAAAUGGAUUCUAGAUUCAAUUACCCAGCACAAGAUCUGCCCCAUGGAAAACUACAUAUUUCCCAAGAGAGUUUAGCAUCCAUAGGAUUAUUAAUUGUCACAAUCUUUGGAAUUCAUCUAGCAAACUGAAUAGUGAAUCCUUGCAAGCUUCACUUUGUCAAUGGAACAUUACUGAAGUAGUUGAAAAGAUAAGCUUUACAAAAAACUCCAGGAAUUUGCAACAUUGAGAAGUAAGAGAAUGUGUUUAAUGCACAUGUUUAGUUUCACACACAGUAUAGCCCAAUGUUUUUAAAAAAAUACUAUCUGAACAGUCAGUGAACAUCACAUAGAUAAUUAUAUUGUGCUAAAGCCACUAUUUUAAUUUAGUGAAUGUUGAAUUGGGCUGAAAUAUCUCUACCUGGUGCUUAUGAAGUCAAAUUCAAGAAAAUAUAAAGUUGUGCAAGAUGAAUCAGAUCAAUAUUUUUAUUCUUUAUGACCAUAAAGUCUCAUCUAUUGGCUUUGUACAAAUGUUUAACAAAAUUGCCAAUACAAGGCUGUUUGCCAGUGAGGAACCACUCUUCAUGGACAGCCAUACAAACUCUUUUAUUAGGGAAUUUUCUGCCAAGGCAGCAAUAUGUCAUAGGCUGAAACAGAAAUAUUUUAAUGAAAAGUGACAUGUGAACACAUGGUUCCCAGUAAACACCAGAAUAUGAUGUUUAAAACUGUAUCAUGGUCUUCUAGCCCUCUCAUAAAUGUUUUACACAUGAAAAACUUGUCAUCGCUUAUUUAUGUAACCAAACAUUCUAAAUUGGUUUUGUCAUAAAUUCUCUUGAAAUGAAUUUCAAGCUGUGAACAGAGCAGCCUCUUGGGAUAACUGCUCUUUUUUUAGGCACAUGUGUAACAGUUUCUAUAGUGAGAGCUUAAUAAAGAUAUUUACAA